UUAAAAGCGCGCGAAGAAAUAAAAGAGCAGAAUUUGCUGCGUGUUGAACUGUUUAUAAUCCAUUGAAAAAGUUGAAAACAUUAUUUUGAUUUUGAAGAGCUAUAAACGACACAGAGAUGGUUAAUGUGGAAAAUAAAUUGUUGCUACAGAUGAUCCAGAAACUAGGACUGGCAGAACAUGAACAAGUUGUCCCCAAAUCGACUGAAUUACUUCGUUUGCUGCAGAUCAAAUCUGCUGGUGGGGUGGUCAGCCUGGGGGAUUAUGCCAAGGCAAUCAUCUGUAUCGACCUGGCAGCAAGCCUUCUAGGACUACCGUGCGACAAUGAAAUGACGCUUAAAUUAUCUGGCCUAAAAAAGAGUGCCUACGUCAACAAUAGACGAACGAUAGAAAAACUAUUGGAUAUAAACCAGCUGAUCGGAAUCAAUGAAGUCUGCAUCCAGUUGGGAUUGCAUCAGGUUCAGAAAGAAGCUACCGCUCUUUUGAAUAGUUACAAAACAUUUGUGGGAGCCGGAAGUACAGAGAUCGACUUUACUCAUCCUCAAUACGCAACGAUGUCCGUUUUUCAGGCUUGCAAACGGCUGAAGGUAAAGCCACCAAAAGCCAAACUGAUUUCUCUGAGUCAUCUCAAGCCAACCCAGUGGACUCUGCUAGAAAAGAACUGGGAGAAGUUCCUGGCUAACGCGACAGAUGUAAGUGCCACCGCCGCAACAAAGUUGAAGCAGAAUAAGACAGUAGAAGCGGUGGAGCAAACAGAGGAACCACUGGAUAAACGCAGUAAUGGAUUGAAGCACAGUUCACCGGAAAAAAUUGAACCUUACGGAAACUGGAAGAAGAGGAUGCUGGAGAAAGCGUAUCGGGAGUUGAAAUCGCUACAGGGGCGGUGAAGCUCUUCGUGCAUCAUGCAGUAAUUUUUGCCAUGCGAUAAUAAUUACGUUAAAAUACUCCAUUACCGUUUUACUACUAGUUACUACUAAUUGUGUACCUAUGAUGAAAUUAUAUUUAUCCAAAAAGAUGUGAAAUGGAUUUUGUGAUAUUUAGAAAGCAACAUCCCAUCUGCAGUUUUAUUUUUAUCGGGAUUUAAAGCUCAUUUUAUUCAUGCAUAUAUUACUUCUAGCCUUUACUUUAGUUGUUUCACCACAUUUCUGUUGAUAUUACCAAUUACUGCUUAGAACGUGAAAUUUUGUUUCGUGGAUUAAGUUUUUCGCAUUCCUAUGACGUGUAGUUUUUUUUCUAUUCAUAUCUUUCGCUAUGAAAUUAAUGACUAAUACAGAUUCAAGUGUACCAGCUAAUCAAUUCAAUUAUUUCAUGUUAUGCCAAAAGAUACGUGAUGUGUGUAUCUUGGCGUUUUUUGUUCAAUUUUCUGUGAUAUUUGUGGGAAAGUGGUGCACUAUUCAUUCGCAAAGAAUAAAGACGUUUUUUGUAAUUA